UUUCAGAAUCCAUUAUCCAGUCUGGUUGUCUGCUGCCGAUUUCAGAAUUUUGUGAAAAUAGAACCCUCUGCGUCCAAAACAAAACAAAAUGAAAGAGAGAAUUAAUCAGAAAGAAAUGAACGAGAAAGUUCAUAUUAUUGAGGAUUUAAUUGUCGUAGAAGCAGUUAAAAUAGAAACUCUUACUGAUGAUGAACUGGGAAUACCAAGUGUACUAUCAGACACUGAGUCUACAGCUGAUGAAAAGGACAAGGUAGAUCGAUCGAUUGACCUGGAAGAUACUCUGUGGUGCGAAACGGAAGAUUUCCAUCUGGACAAUAGAGAUGAAUCUGAUUCUGCUGGUCAACCUGUUUUUUCGAGUGAAGAUACUAAUAGCGGACAGGGACAAACGCUGGUGCAGCUUGACGAGAAUGUGAGUGAAAAAUCAUCCAAUUGUACGACACAUGAGGAACCUAUCGAAAAAAUUGUUUGUCACGUUUGUGAAAGACCAUUCAAACGUCGGUCAAACUUACGGGAUCAUAUGCAAACUCAUAUACCAAUUGAAGAACGCCGUAAGAAACGAUCACUCAUAGAAGAAGAGGAUAAGCCAAAAGCCUUAAAAUGCUAUCUUUGCGAGCUUACAUUCAAAAUUAGAAAAACACUGCGAGACCAUAUGAAGCUAGUACAUGGAGCAAACAAACAUGAGUGCCCGGUUUGCAAAAAGCCAAUUGCCGGUUGGUACCUAAUUAAACGACAUUUGCGAACGCACCAGCCAAUCCACGAACGUCAGCAAAGCACGGCUGCUGUCAAUUGCGAUAUUUGUCAGAAGCCAUUCAGGGACAGAGCGGCUUUGGGAAACCAUGUCAUAUAUGUUCAUGGACCGAGAAACCAUGAGUGUGAAAUUUGUGGCUUUCGAUUUCCGCUACGAUCAUCAUUGAGAAAACAUAUGAACACGCAUGAUCCAGAUCCUCACAAGAGAAGAAGACCAUCAGAGCAGACUACUAAAAGCAAACGCAAGAAACGUGUAGUUGGAGAAGGCAACGAGACGAGUGGAACAAGUCGAUCCUUUAACAAAAGGCAAACUAUAAAGGAUAUUGAUAAAGCGAAAGGUAGAAAACGCCAAAAAAAGAAAAAGCCUAGAUUUCAUUCAUGUCCGUUGUGCAACGCUAAGUUUGCAACGGUAGUAGAAUUUAACAAGCAUAUUCAGCAGAAGCACGAGGAGGUCCUUAUGGACAAAGCUGUAGAACAGAAAUCGAAUGAAACUCAGUGUAUGGAACACACAGAAUCGAAUGAGGACGUCACCUUUCUGUUUGAGGCAGAAGAGUUCAAAAUUGAGCCGGAAUGAAAGGAAAUGGCCGAUCGGAUUAUAGAAUAUUGAUUUGUUAUUUUUUUAACUUAGCGUAGAAUAUCUUAACGAAAAGACAAGAGAAAUUCCAAUUUAAAUAUAAGUAUUUAAUGGCGAAAAAAUCGCCUUCCUUGA